CAGCCCGCUCCCCCGCAUUCCCACAGCGGCGCCCCGAGGCGGUUGGUGUGUCUGGGAGAGCGGGACGCGCUCUCGGCUCCCUGUUUCUUCGCCGGCCAAGAAGGGAGGACCACAGAGACGUGGCGCCCUCCGCCGUCCUAGAGAAGCCGGAGUGGCGGGAGUGCGGCCGCCUCCACCUCUCCGAUGCGGAGCUCUGGCUCGCGCCAAGCGUGGGGAGCUGGCGCGGGGCGCGGAGUCCGGGACUCGCGCGGCCGGCUCCCGGGCGAGGGGCCGCGGUAGCAGACGCGCCCCGGGCCGGAGCGUCCCUCCCCGACCCCGGGCAGCCCCCGGUCGGGCCCGGCGCGCGCUCGCUUCCCGGGAGGGCGGCCCGGGCCAUGGCGGCUACGGCCCUGGCGAGCGGGGCCGCCUUCGGCCCUGCACUCGAGCUGCUACCGGGACAGCCCGCGCCGGCCCGGGCGCGCCCGGAGUCAGUGACCUUCGAGGAUGUGGCCGUCUACUUCUCUGAGAACGAAUGGACCGGCCUGGCCCCCGCUCAGAGGGUGCUGUACAGGGAUGUGAUGCUGGAGAAUUAUGGGGCUGUGGCUUCCCUGGCAUUUCCAUUUCCCAAACCGGCUCUGAUUUCCCAGCUGGAGCGAGGGGAAGCACCCUGGUGCAAAGCUCCUCAGGGAGCUCUGGAUGGAGGGGGCCCGAGGGGCAUCUCCUCAGGAUGUCCAUUUCUAAAGCCUGCUGGGAUCUCCCAUCUUGAGCAGGUGGAAGAGCCAUUGAACCUGAAACUUCGAGGAGAGGGUCCAAGCCUAAGCUGUACUGAGGGUGUGUUGAAGAGUCAGAAAGAUUUUAUUCUGAAGGAGGAACAUUUUGAGGAGGCAAAGGACCACAUGGUGUUAUCAAGCAGACCCUGGUGGUGUGACUCCCAGGAAUUCUGGUUUGGAAAAACCUGUGAGGAGGAAAAAAGCAGGUUAGGGAGGUGGUCUGACUAUUCCAAUGGGAGAAGUAUGGAGAACACUGCAAAUGAUAUUAUAGAAGUGAUUGUCAAAGAUGAGAUGGUCUCAGGAGAAGAUAGUUCAGAGAAUGCUGAUGUGAAUACCCACCUUGCUAUACAUCAGAAAAUUCUCAGUGAGCAGGUGUUCUAUAUAUGUGAAGAAUGUGGCAAGUGUUUCGAUCAAAAUGAAGACUUUGACCAACAUCAGAGACUUCAUAAUGGAGAGAAGGUCUAUGGAUGUAAGGAAUGUGGAAAGACUUUCAGUUUUAGAUCACAUUGCAUUGCACAUCAGAGAAUUCACACGGGGGUGAAACCCUACGUGUGUCAAGAAUGUGCUAAAGCCUUUGUUUGGAAGUCAAACCUGAUUCGACACCAGAGAAUACAUACUGGAGAGAAACCGUUUGAAUGUAAGGAAUGUGGGAAGGGCUUUAGUCAGAACACAAGCCUUACACAACAUCAGCGAAUCCACACUGGGGAAAAACCAUAUACAUGUAAGGAAUGUGGGAAAAGCUUUACUCGGAACCCAGCCCUACUUCGACAUCAGAGAAUCCACACUGGGGAGAAGCCUUAUGAAUGCAAGGACUGUGGGAAAGGCUUUAUGUGGAACUCCGAUCUUGCUCAGCACCAGAGAGUCCACACGGGGGAGAAGCCCCAUGAAUGUACUGACUGUGGGAAAAGCUUCAUCUGCAAGGCACACCUUAUCCGACAUCAGAGAAUCCAUACUGGGGAAAGACCCUAUCAGUGUAAUGACUGCGGGAAGGCCUUCAGUCAGAAUUCUGUUCUGAUUAAGCACCAGAGGCGCCAUGCCAGAGAGAAACCCUGUAAUUGUCAGACCUCUCACAUUGAACAUUAGAGAAUGCACAAUGGUGGUACUUGCUUAUAAUUCUUAUGCAACAGGAACCCCAGAGACAAAACAAGGUGAUUGUCCACAGUUUGUUAUAACUCUAAUAGCCAGUAUUAUCUUACCCCUUCUGAACAGAUACCCUGUGCUCUAGCAAGAGUGGUCCUUCUGUUCGACCAUGUUCAUGCUAGGCAACUUUUAGUUGAGCGUCUACUCUGUUGGGUACUAUGCUAAUCACUUUACAUACAAUCUUUAGUUUUUCUUAAUCCUAUUGAGGUAGGUACUCAUCUUCAUUUUACAAAUGAGAAAUCUGAGGUUGAAAGAAGUUAUAAAACUCAUUCAAGGUCACUUAGCUAAUAUGUUACAGAAUUGAGAUUGGAAACAGGUCUAUCUGACCCCAGAGUCUACUGUUCUUUAUUUGUGCACAUUUCUGCUUCUGCUCAUUUCUAUUCGCUCAAGUUUCCCUAGGCUAAAAAUUUCCUUUUCUCGUCUAAUACCCAGCUCCUUCAGCCAAACAGACCUCUCUUCCUCUUCUACUUGUAAUCAGUACUAUCCAAAUUGUUAUUUAACUAUGUGCUGUCUUAUAUUUUUCUGAUGUCUUAUUGUGUUAGUCCAGCUAAAUGUCUCUUUGAGGACCAACACUGUAUUUCUUUUAUGUUUUUCAAAUUUUGACACUUACUUAUUUUUGACUAGUUGUAACAUGCUCAUGAUGAAAAAAAGUUGAAAUAGUUCAAAAAGGUGUUCAGUGAAAAGUAAAUUCUCCUUGUCACUCCUAUCUCCCAGUCUACCUUCUCAGAGACAGCCACUGUUACUGGUUGUGUAUCUUCCUGGAUAUAUUCUUUCUAUAUACAAGUACUCAGCUUUCAUAAAUCUACCUCACUGAAAACCAUAUUUGCUGUAGAUGACAAUGCAGUUACAUUGCCAACUCCAGAACUUUCUCUUCCUCUGAAGUUGUGUCCACCCUGAGGUCACCAAGGUAACUUAAGGAAAGUAGUGGAGGGUAGUCAGAAUUGUGCAGUCUUGGGAGACCUGAUUCCUUUUGUGUUAGAAGAUAGCACUCUGGGACUGGGAAAAUGUAAAGCAAGUGGGAGGCUUUGUUUUGUUUUGUUUUCAUAAAAAUUUGUAUAGCUACAACCCCUCUCAUUGUUCCACUAUCCCAGAUCCCCUUCCAGUCUUUCCCUUCUCAUCAUCAUGAUAGCCCACAUUCCAGAGUAAGCUGUAUUAUUAGAGAAUGGUACUGACCAUCUUCAAGGGUUAGAGAAACAAAGGCUCUAUUCAGAGAAGAGUGCUGGCCAAAACAGAUGAAACACAUUCCAGACUUCACCUUUAGAGCCAUUUUUCAGCAGUUUGCCUUUCUGCUAAUUAGGCAUUCCACUUUAGAAGCUCCCAGCUAGGUAAUGUAAUUGUUGACUAAGGAGCAAGGAAGAGAAGCCAGAGACUGGCUUGGACUAAACUGCUUCCUGAAAGUUACAAACAUACUAUCUGAUUGCUGAAGCCUAAAGCCACUUGGCUUAGCAUAGUCCAGUUAGGGUAACCUCUAAUAAGCAUUGAAACUUUUGUACUAAACAGACCCAAGAAGAUCGCUUCUUGGCCUUUUGGCUAAGAUCAAGUGUAAACAGACCCAAGAAAUGGAAAUGAGUGAUGUGAACAGGCAUUUGGGGGAAGUUUAUUAAGCAAAUAUCACUGAGUACCUGCUUGUAUGCAAAGCACUAUGCUAGGUGCUGCUAAACAAUGGUAAGUCAGACCUACUUUCUGCCUUUCUGGAACAUUCAUCUAGUGAGAGAGACCAAACAAACAAAAAAAACAAGUAAUUGAUUAAAAAUUGCUAAGCGUUAAUGAAGGAAAUGAAUGCUACAGAGAGGGAAUGAUGGAGAGGGAACCUCUUUAUAUAAAUGGUCAGGGAAGGCCUAUCCUAGGAGGUAACAUUAAAGUUAAAUCUCAGAAUGAGAAGAAGGCACAUGUAUCAAGAAUGGGAAGAACAGCAGGCAGAGGGAACAGCUCUGCAGACUCUUGAUGUGUGAAGGGUUUGGCAUGUUCAAGAAACCAAAAGGUUUGGGGUGUAACAUAAUUAUCAAGGGUAUGAGAGGCACAAGUUAGGUUUGUAGACACAGGUGGACCAGAUCAUUCAAUUCCAACCUAAGUGAAAAGCCAGGGGCGCCUAGGUGGCUCAGUUGGUUAAGUGACUGCCUUAGGCUCAGGUCAUGAUCCUGGAGUCCCAGGAUCGAGUCCCGCAUCGGGCUCCCUGCUCCGCAGGGAGUCUGCUUCUCCCUCUGACCCUCCCCCUCUCAUGCUCGCUCUCUCAUUCUCUCUCUCAAAUAAAUAAAUAAAUAAAUCUUAAAAAAAAAAAGCCAUUAAAGGGUAUUCAGUGGAGGAAUGACAUGUUUGAUUCACAUUUUAGGAUGAUCGCUGCCUGCUAAGUAGACAAUUGUUUGUAGAGGGAGGAAAGUGAAAGAAGAGAUCAUGUUGGAGUUUGCUAACAAUCCAGGUUGGAGAUGGUAAUGACUUGGAGUGGGUGGUGGUAAUAGAGAUGGAGAAAAAAUGUAUUUAAGAUAUAGUUUGGAAAUAAAAUCAGUGACCUGCUAACAGAGUGGAUACAGGAGUAACAGGAGUUAGGGACAGCUUCCUGGUUUGUGGUUUCAGCAGCUGAAUUAGACAGCGGACCACUUACUGGAAUGAGUAAGACUGGAAUGGGAAUAGGUUUGGAGAAGUUUCUCUGGAGCCAAGGCUAAAAUAGAAAUGCUUUAAUGGAGACUUAGGAGGAUGGGGCAAAACCCUAGUUCUGUGGCUUAAACACUAAAACUACAAAGUUAGGAGGCCAAAUUAAGUAUCUUAACAAUAUCUCUGGUAGUGCUCGAUAGCUGAUAGAUGCACUUUCCUUCCCUGCAAUUGAUAAUAGGUGAUGUAGUGGACUUGAUUGGUUGCUGCUCCGGCAUCCAUCCUCCCCUUUCCUCUUUUUAAUAGGCUCACAUUUCACAGCCAUAUAGGAUGGUUUAACUACACUACUGGCUAGCAGGGUGGACCCUGACUGGCUUAAAUCAAUUGGAGUAAUGCCAUUUCCAUUUCUACAUUUAAUGGGUGUGACCUGGGUUGAUCCAAACAGAGUGGAGCUCAGGACUUUGGAAAAUAGUUUCAGGGGGAGAUACCCUCUCUUUACUCUUGGAUUUAAAUUGAGAAGCAUAUAGCCAUGGCCACCACCAGCCUAAAUGGUGCCUUUGUGCAAACUAGAAAAAAGGCAUUCCUGUGGACAGAUGAAAGCCAAUUUGUCUUUUUUUUUCAUUUAUAGUUUGUGUUUUUGUGUGUAUCAUUUAAGGAAUCUUUGCCAUAACCAAGGUCAUGUUUUGUUUUUGUUUUUGUUUGUUUCUUCUACAUGUUUUAGGGUUUUAACUCUCACAUUUAAGUCUAUCAUCCAUUUCAAGGCAAUUUUUGUAUAUGGAGUGAGGACUGGGUUAAGAUUAAUUUUUUGGAUAUAGCUAUCCAAUUUUUCUAGAACCACUUGUUGAACAGAUUAUUUUUCCCUAUUGAACUGCAGGGUCAGAAUUCAAUAUGUGAGUCUAUCUCUGGACUCAUUGAUUUCUUUGUCUAUUUUGAUUCCAAUACACCAUCUUCAUUACCAUUGGUUUUAUAACUUGAAAUCAGGCAGAGUAAGUCUUCCAAUUUUUUUCCCCCAAGGUUGUUUUGGCUUUUCUCAUUCCUUUGCAUUUCCAUAUACCUUUUAGAAGCAAUUUGACAAUUUCUACAAAAGCACCUGUGGGGAUUUUGGUUGAAUCUAUAGGUCAAAUAGGCAGUAAUUGACAUCUUAAAAAUAUAGAAGAUUUUGAUCCACGAACACUGUAUAUCUAUGUAUUUUAAUUUUGUAGUUUUUCUGUACAGGUGUGGCACACCUUUGGCCAAUUUAUCUUCAAAUAUGUAUUUAGAAGCCAUUGUAAAUAAUACUUAAUUUUCAAUUUCCUCUUUGCAGAAUAUAGAACUAAAAUGGAAUUUUAAAUAUUGAUCAUUAUCCUGAAAUAUUGGGCUAACUGCCUAGGCAGACCCAUCAGCCCCAUUAAAAUUCCCCUGUCAUGACCAUGAAUUUUCUUCUAGGCGCAGAAGGAAAUUGGUUGGAAAGGAACUGGACCUGAUGGGGGCUGGGGGUGGGCUCAGCAUGUGGGCCCCGCUGCUCAUUGGCCUAGGUGGGCCCCGCCCCUCCACCCGGUAUCCAAUAGAACGCAUAGCCCCACCUCUUACUCUUGUUCUAAACUGCUGCCGCCUCUCUAGGGAAGUCAGAGAAACACCCGGGUCUGGGUUCCUCGAAUCAGAACUGGGAGACAGGUGGGAAGACGGGAGGAGCAGACAGCACCCGCUGUCUUUUUCUCCUGUUAGUCUCCCGGGAUCUGAAGGAGGAACCACUGAAGUGUGGGGUCUCCACGGUUCCUUAAGAGAGAACCCGAGGGAGGCUAUGCGCCGGCAGGUCAUGGUGACAAUGCACUUCGGGCACAGCGUGUUUUUCUUUGGGGUGGGGUGGGGGGGAGUUGUUUGUUUUGAAGGGUGAGGGUACCGUUUGAGUAUUGACUGUUGCUGAUCACAACUUAUGUCGAGAGAAAAUCUGCAGGGGCCGAGUGGAGCCCACGGUGAGCGGGUCCGGUGUGGCCCUGGAAAGACUGGAAGGACCGCGGACAGAGCCAGGUCCAGAGGUCCAGAGCCCUACUCCGGUAGUCGCUUUGGUCGCGCCUAGAGCAGGUGUAGCCCGGCCUGGAGUGCUGGCCAGACUUCCUCCCCUUCCCCCACCCCACACCACUCUCGUCUAUUUUCCCGUAAGGCUGCAAGACAGGGAGCGAUACCAACAGCCCCACAAGGAUAUCACCAUCCGCCUUCUGGGCCAGUCUGGCCGCGGUGGACACGUUCUCCCCUCUCUCCUCACUUGCUUCUGGGCCCUAGGAACACCCAACCCUUUGCUCUUAGGAUGCCCAACCCCAGAACCCCCUUCUUCUUCAGGUGGACCUAGAAAAUGGUUUGUAAACACUUAACUCGAUAGGCAUGGCUUUUAGCCCAGACCGGAAGCCUUCAACUGUCCAUGGAACAGCCAAAGGGUCUAGUACAUUGCAGUUUGGGAGUUUUACUCCAAGAUGGCACUUGCUUCCAAAUUAUUGGGAUGACGGUAAAGAAUUCUUAUUUUUCACGUCUGUCUGUUCACCCUUUUCAUUGCAUCCUCUUUAACCUUGUGUCAUAACAUCAAAAUUCUGAGGAUCAGACUUGACUGGGGUUUACCAUCAGUCUCUGUUCAUGAAGUAACUUGGGUUGCAAAAGACUUAUUUGGUCCUCAUAUCAAUGUUUGAGAUUUUUUUUACGGCUGACAUCAGAUUCUAGAAAAUGUUUUGGGUUAUUUAAGGGAACCUCUAGGUCUGCAACAUUUCAGAUCACUUACAUAGGGCUUUGAUAUUUUUGAAGCAUAUGUUUUCAACAGCCCAUUACUUGAUCUGACCUUUUUGAAGGCUUCUUGUUUGAAGUCCCAAUCUGUAUGAAAUACCUCCUAUAUUGGACGAAUAGGUACAAAGAUCCAACAACACCUUGAUUUAAGAGAAAUAGAACACCCAUGUCCAAGGAGUACCUAAUUACUCAAUUUGCAAGGAAUCACUACUUGUGAUAAUAUUGGAUAGAAACCUUCUUUGAGAUUAGCUUUACCUGUGAAGAUUUACAUUGUCUUUUCUUUUAUGCCCUUCAAUUUAUGCUUUUGACUACUCUGUCCUUAUUAAAGUCUUUAUACUCACAAAGAUGGGGUAUCUAGUAUCAUCUGACAACUUUUCCCAUGACCCACAUGCCUGGCUUCCUUUACCUUCCUGAAGGGCUGUAGCAUCAGAAUGCCAUAGAUGUGGGAAAACAGAACUGAGAUUGGGUUGUGGGAUUUGUCUUGUCUAUUCAUGCAUGAUGUGUGAGCAGAGAGAGAACUGGGUAUAAUGAUAGCAACCAUUUUGUCUCAAACCAGACCAGUUAAAGUGUAAAGAUCUACCAGCACAUAUAGUUUUGGUAUGUAUGGAAUCUCUGGUCUAACCAGUGGUACCUGCUGUGUUACAGGCAUUGUCCUUAAUGGGUAUACCUUGCAGAAUCAACGUACUGUUUUCCAAUGAUGAACUAAGUAGCUGACACAGAGUGGGAUUUGGAAAUAGUUUAUAAAUAUAACACUAUAAUAUUUGGGAUAUGCCUUAUAACUUGGUAUGUAAUUUUUUUUUAAGAUUUUUGUUUAUUUCUUUAAUUGACAUAGAGAGAGAGAGAGAGAGAGCGAGAGAGGGAACACAAGCGGGGAGAGUGAGAAGCAGGCUCCCCGCUGAGCAGGGAGCCCGAUGCGGGGCUCGAUCCCAGGACCCAGGGAUCAUGACCCGAGCUGAAGGCAGUCGCCUAACCGACUGAGCCACCCAGGCACCCUACUUGGUAUGUAAUUUUAACAUGGCUGCUAUUCAGUUUUUUUCCAACUUACCUUCUCCCCACUCUUGCCAGAGCUAUACAAUUAAUGAAGCAUCUUAAAAUCAAUCUAUAUGUCUUAGAAAAAAAUAGUAUUAGGGAGUCAUCAAAAUCUUAUUGGUAAACUAUUUCCAAGUCUUGUUUUGAUUUAGUUCAUUUGAAUCAUUGGCUUUUAUUGCUGAAAAGGAAUUUUGAAGUUGCCUAAUCCAACUGUCUUAUUUCUAUACAGCAAAAAAGCAGAGGUUGAGAGUCAAGGACUUUUUCAAGGUCUUCCAGUGUUUGUGUGCAUAUGUAGUAAACAUUUUCCAAUCUCUGGUAUGGGGAUUCUAGGGAACUUUAUUCACAGUUUGGGGCUCCAUGUUUCUUUUUGGUGUAUAAAUCCUCUAUCCAUAGACCACUCCCCUCCCCAUCUCCUCUCCUGGCUUCUUUCCUGUGAUCCUGUGAUUAUCGAUCUGGAUUCCUGGAACCUAUAGUUUUCUCAGGCUCCUUCCUAGAAUGAUGUCCGCUUUGUCUCAGCAUUUUGAUCUGUGCCUGUUAUAUUCCUCUUGUGAGCAGAGAAUCAUGCCGCCCAAUGUAAACAAUGUUAAAUAUUAAAGCAGGACCUGGGGUAGAAGUUCUAUACAAGGAGUUGUGGUCAGUCCCAUCUUGCUGAGGUAUCUCUCUGUGCCUUAAGCUCCUGAAAGCUUUUCUCCAUAAGAGGAAUUAAAGAAGCUAGAAGAUGACAGGUAUGUCCCUAAUCGCUUGGCCUCAGGUGAGCUUUGGUUUCUUCGCAGUUCUGUCCACUGGAGUUUUGAGAUAAACCAAUGCAGGCACUUCACUGAAACUGAGUCUGAAAGUAAAGAUCCAUCCAUCUGUAUUUACCAGCAGGGUGACCUCUGAGAGGUCUCAGAUAAGAUAAGAAAAAUAGGGGGCGCCUGGGUGGCUCAGUUGGUUAAGCGACUGCCUUUGGCUCAGGUCAUGAUCCUGGAGUCCCGGGAUCGAGUCCCGCAUCGGGCUCCCUGCUUGGCGGGGAGUCUGCUUCUCCCUCUGACCCUCCCCCCUCUCAUGUGCUCUCUCUCAUUCUCUCUCUCUCAAAUAAAUAAAUAAAAAAUCUUUCAAAAAAAAAAGAUAAGAAAGAUAGGAGAAGAGGUACACACCUGGCCUGAGAGGACAGGAUGAAUCCUGGGAGCUGGGUGGUGGCAGCAAGAAUUACCCUUAGGACAUGGAAAUACGGUUAGCCCGUGAACAAUGCAGGGGUUGAGGGCACUGGUCCCUGCAGUCAAAAACCGGGUAUAACUUUUGACUCUCCCAAAACUUAGUUACUAAGAGCCUACUGUUUACCAGAAGCCUUACUGAUAACAUCACUAGUCUCUUAACACAUAUUUAGUAUGUUAUACAUAUUCUGUGCAAUAUUCUUACAACAAAGUAAGCUAGAGAAAGGAAAAUGUCACUAAGAAAAUCACAAGGAAGAGAAAAUACAUUUACAGUACUGUAUUGUAUUUAUCAAAAAAAAUCCACGUAUAAGUGGCUCCAUGCAGUUCAAAGCCCUGUUGUUUAAGGAUCAACUGGACUUGAAGUGCAGGCAUGAACUAGUUAUGGAAACUCAUUCCCUUAUUCUAUCCUACUAUGCUAUUAGCUGAUGUUUGAAUAUACUGGCAUAACACCAAACCUGUGGGAGUAUUUUAACCAAUAUUUAUAGGUUGUGUAAUUGAUGUUUGGCAUCCAUUGAUCACAAGACCAAACUAAUGGCCAGAGUUGUUCACAUCUCCCCUGUUGUCUCGCUUUCGUGGGUGUGCAGAAAUUAUAUUACAAAUGCCCCAACUACAGACCCCAACAUCUGUGUUUUGCUUCCUGCCCAGUAGACCACACCCACCUGACAGCUUCCUACCACUAUAGUAAUAAAGGCUUUUUGCCUAUGACUCUCCCUCCUCUUUCUCCUGACUGACCCUGGUGCUUCCCUAUGUAGCCCUAUGUGGUGUGGCAUGCCCCCAUCUUUUCAGGAAUUAUAAGUAAUAAAUUCUUCUUUCAAAUAUAGUUAUCUCCUUGCCUGUCAUCUUACCAUACCUGAUUUUUUAAAAUCCCAAGUACAUUUUAAACACAGGAUGAACCCCACAAUAUAUAAAUUUUUAUGCCCAGCAAUGGCAAAUGCUAUGAAGGACAAUAAAACAGGGAAAGGGUGUAGAAAGGGAUAGAUAGAGUGAUCAGGGACAGACUCCAGUGAGGGGACAUUUGAACAAAGAGACCAGAAUAAAAUAGGGAUCAAGAUGCACUGAUACUUAGGAGCAUAGCAUUUCAGACAGAGGGAAUGGCAUAUACAAAGGGCCUGAGGCAGGAGAGAACAUGCUUGGAGUGUGUAAAUAGGAAGAGAGUGGGGCAGCAUUGCUUAAGAGUAGGGUGGCUUCAGAGUGUGGGAGGGGGGCUGAUUUGUGUCCUCCCCAAAUUUCUCUGUUGAAGCCCUAACCCCCCAGUACCUCAGAAUGUGACUAUAUUUGGAGAUGGGGUCUUUAAAUAGAUAAUUAAGUUAAAAUGAGGUUGUUAGAGUGGGCACUAAUCAAAUCUGAUGGGUGUCCUUAUAAGAAGAGGAGAUUAAGACACAGAUACCAGGAGUGCACAUGCACAGAGGGACAACCAUGUGAAGAGGCAACAAGAGGAUGGCCAUCGACAAGCCAAGAAGGGUCCUCAGAGGAAUCCAACCUGCUGGCACCCUGGUCUUGGACUUCUGGCCUCCAGAACUGUAAGAAAAUAAAUUUGUGUUGCAUCACCCAGUCCGUGGUAUUUUGUUAUGUCUGUCCUAGAGCUAAACCGUGAUGGCAAAAUGUUGCUACCUUACAAUGACCAUUAAUUAGCAUAUCUGGCAGGUUCGACCUGUGUUCUCCUGGCCCAAUGUAGUUUUCUCUAAUUUUGUAUGUUACUUAUGUUUCCAUAUAAUGUGCAAGCUUCCUGAUAGCAUGAAUGAGUUUACACAUUGUUCAUAUACCCUUAACCUGGAAUAGCCAAGUUAUUUGAUUUUUUUGUUUGACAUCUGAUUAAAUAAUAGGAGUAUCAUUUAAUUUUAUCUUUUUUUUUAUUUUUUAUUUUUUAAAGAUUUUAUUUAUUUUCUGACAGAGAGAGAGACAGCGAGAGAGGGAACACAAGCAGGGGGAGUGGGAGAGGGAGAAGCAGGCUUCCCACUGAGCAGGGAUCCCGAUGUGGAACUCGAUCCCAGGACCCUGGGAUCAUGACCUGAGCCGAAGGCAGCCACUUAAUGACUGAGCCACCCAGGCGCCCCUAAUUUUAUCUUAAUUUUUUCUUUCUUCUUUAAAAAAAUUUUUUUUAAGUUUUUUUUUUUAUUUAUGUAAGUAAUAUCUAUACCCAACAUGGGGCUCAAACUCAUGACCCCGAGAUCAAGAGUCAUAUGUUCUUAUGACCAAGCCAGCCAGGUUCCCCUUUUCUUUCUUCUUAAUUGUUAAUCUCCUUAUUAAUACAUUCAAUUUGUACUGCCCCCUCCCCCAGCUUGCCCAACAUAGUAGCUUCUUCACUUUCCCAUUCUGUUUUAGUCUUCUCAGGCCAUUCCCAUUAUGAGAUUUCUGUUAUCAACAAUGUUACGCUUUCAGACCAACUAUAAUUUUCUUGUGUUCUUUGCAUCUCUGACCAUAAGAUCAGACAUAGCCCCACCCCCUUUUUGUUCCCAGGAGUUUUCCUUGGCUUUUUUCAUCCUCUAUACUCCAUGAAACCAAUUUGUAAAUAUACAAAAGCUGUGCAUUUACAGGAAAUAGUCAUAUCCUUGAUGAUCCUGUCCCCUUUCUAACAUUGCUAAGACAUUUACAUUUAUUAUUUCUUUAGUCAGCUUGUGAAAUCAGAGCUGAAUUUGAGCUUUUGGCCUCAAAGAAGACAUUUCUGAGAAAAGCAAGUCCUGUGGCUUAGUUUCAGGAGAACAUCUAAGAGACCUUUUCAGAGACCUAGUUUUCAAGUCACUUACGAAUCAGAGGAUAAGAUAGGCAUUCAGGAAAUCUCAGAGUGGAUGGGAUGAAAAAAAAAUAAGAGCGAUUCAGCAAAGAAGGGAGUAAAUAACGAGAAAAUUCCUAUGGAAAAUAGAUUUCAUCCACAUAAGAAAUCAGAAAAAAAAUCAGUUUUUAUCAUGUAACACAUCUGCAAUUUCCAGGUGAAGAGAUUUCCUAUAAAUGUGAUACGUAUGGCAAACGUUUUAAUUGUGGUUCAGCCUUUUCUCAACACGGAGAAUCCACACUGGAGAAGAGUCCAAUGAGUGGGGAUCGUGGCAAAGCUUUUGCCUUCAACUCUAUUUCUGUUCAGGCACUUCACUGAAACUGGGUCUGAAGGUGGAGAUGCGUAUGCAUUCUGUUCAGGCACUUCACUGAAACUGGGUCUGAAGGUGGAGAUGCAGGUAUGCAGGGUGACCCCUGAGAGGACCCACAACAGGAGAGCAGUCCUAUGUGUGCAAAGAAUGUGGUAAAGGCUUUAGCUUCAGCUCAGCACCAGCAAGCCCACACUGGAGAGAAGCCUUUCAGAUACAGGGACUGUAGCAAGGCCAUCAGUCAGAUCACCUCUGUUCUACAUCA